CGAAGUCAGCCCCUGAACUAAAGGAUUAGCACCAUGGUUAGACCCAUCUACCUGGCCCUCGCUGCCCUGCUCGUCUUGACCUGCUCGGUGAGAGCAGCUCCCGUGGCGGAGUCUGAGAUCGAUGCCAGUCCCGAGUUCCCAGCCUCCAGGCAGGCUGUUCAGGACAAGUUGGAGGAAGAGCAGAUCCACAAUUCGAGUGCGGACAGCAGUGAGGAGAACGAUGAUGAUGAUGACGAUGAGGAGGAAGCUUCUCCCAACAAGGCAGCCGAGGAGAGCAAGGAGGAGGAUGAUGAUGAUGAAGAUAAUGACGAUGAGAACGACGAUGACGAUGAUGAUGAUGAUUCCCUGAUACGACGACGUCGCGAGGCGGAGACCACCGAGCAACCGGCAGAGGAGACAGUCACUGAAACUCCCACCGAGGAUCAGAAGGUGGAUGCCACCACUGCGCCCGUGGCUGCUCCUGUGCGGAAGCCCGUGCUCGUGCUCAUCCGUGAUGCCCUAAAGAAGGUCACCACCGAUCUGCCCACCGCCCAGGUGGCCAACAAUGCCUUGCAGUAUUUUCAGCAGUUCGAGCACUUCAUACAGCAGGCCAUCGAGGAGGUAAUUGGCGACGAUGAUGACGAGGAGGAGGCUCCGGUGACCAUCAUUCCACAGACGGAGGCUGAGGCAGGAACGGAAUCCAUUGCUGAAGAGAUUAAGAAGCCCGAAGGGGAGGAGAGCCCAGAGAAAAAGCCAGAGAUCAUGGCUCCCCUUGAAGUUCCUGAGAAGAUGCCUCAGUCGAUGGAGUCCACCUCCUCCUCUACUUCAGCUCCCCUGAGCAACGCUGUCUAGAUCAGGGAUCAAGUUCCAUACACAUUUCCUCACC